GAAUCAGUUAAUUAAUUAGAAUUCAGUCAACAAGAGCAACUGGUGAGAUCACAGUGUCCUCACGACACGAGCUGAGCUGAGAAGAAAUCUCAUCUCACAAAAAGCGGCAAACUUUUUGCUGCCCCUGACGACAGAGACGUACAUACUUUUACUAUACGCCUAGCUUGCAUUUGCAUUUUGCAUACAUAUAUAAAACGGCCAGUAUAGCAGUACUGCAAUUUAAACAGCAGAUAGAGCUUAGAGCUUAGCUGCACUAGUUGACUGACACUUACUGCAGCCUGCCAGAGAAAGCAAAGCAAUAUCAGUAGUCAAAAUGGGUGACACCACUACCAGGAACCGGACUUACCCUGCGUGCAGCGAGGACGACGACGCCGGCGAGAGGUCGCCAGCAUCGGAAGAACAAGUUUUGUACUACGAGGGCUGCCCCGGCUGCGUCAUGGAUCGAAAGAAGGAGAGGAGCACUGGGACGCCGUACAUGGAGUUCUUCUAUGUCGGGGUCACCACCUUCGCCUCCGCUUUACCAAUAUCAUCACUCUAUCCCUUCUUGUAUUUCAUGAUAGAAGACAUGCGUGUGGCAAAAAACGAACAAGACAUUGGAUUCUAUGCUGGUUUUCUUGGUGCAUCAUACAUGAUCGGCAGAUGUUUUGCCUCACUAUUUUGGGGUGUGGUGGCAGACCGUAUAGGGAGAAAACCUAUCAUCGCAUUCUCCAUGUUCACAGUGGUCAUAUUUAACACUCUGUUUGGACUGAGUGUAAAAUACUGGAUGGCAAUUACCACAAGGUUGCUUCUUGGUUCUCUAAAUGGCAUGCUUGCGCCAAUAAAGGCUUAUUCAGUUGAAGUUUGUCGGCCUGAACAUCAUGCUCUAGGAUUAUCAGUUGUAAGCACAGGUUGGGGCAUAGGUCUUGUUGCUGGUCCAGCCAUUGGAGGCUACUUAGCACAGCCUGCAAAGCAAUAUCCAAAUCUAUUUUCUGAGAAGUCAAUUUUUGGGAGGUUUCCCUAUUUCUUGCCCUGCCUUAUUAUUUCACUGGUCGCCCUUGCUGUUCUAAUAAGCUGCAUAUGGCUACCGGAGACACUUCAUAUGCAUAAAAACUUAGAAAGGGAAGUAGAAAUGGUUGACGGUUCAACAGCUGCUCCACAUAGAGAAGCUCCGCAUAAAGAGAAGAGUAUAUACAAGAACUGGCCAUUGAUGUCUGCUAUACUUGCGUACUGUGUUUUCACCCUUAAUGAUACAGCAUACAGUGAGAUACUUUCCUUGUGGGCUGUAAGUGACAGAAAGUAUGGGGGACUAAGCUUACCAUCUAAAGAUGUCGGCCAAAUUCUUGCAGUUUCAGGUGCUGGUCUUCUUAUGUAUCAACUGUUCAUGUAUAGACAUGUUCAUAGAUAUCUCGGAUCUAUCAUUUCAUCCCGUAUUGCAGCUGCUCUAUCCAUACCACUCAUUGCUGCUUUCCCCUUCAUGACACACCUAUCAGGGACUAGACUUGGAUUAGCUAUUUAUUUUGCUGCCGCUAUAAAGGGUGCUUUAGCUACAACCAUCUUGACAGGCACCUGUAUUCUUCAAAAUAGUGCCGUGUCACAAAGUCAAAGAGGUGCUGCAAAUGGCAUAUCUACGACUGCAAUGUCCCUCUUUAAGGCUAUUGCUCCAGCAGGAGCAGGUGUUCUGUUCUCGUGGGCCCAAAAGCGCCAACAUGCUGCCUUCUUUCCAGGGGAUCAAAUGAUAUUCCUGAUUUUGAAUAUAGUCGAAGUAAUUGGGCUUGUGAUGACCUUCAAGCCAUUCCUAACAGUUCCAAAACAACACGAAUCGAAGUAGCUGUUGGAACCCCCAAGCAGUGGAAGAAUGGUGGAUGUUGAAAAUUACAAGCAUGCUUUAGCUUGAAAACUGUGUACAAGUCCCAUACAUUCCUCAACCCAAGCCCCUACUAUUAUGCAGUGAUUAUUACUUGUACAGGAUUAAAAUAAGGAAGAGCCUUCGUAUGAUAAACUCAAUAUACGUCUUUUACUACCCUGGACUGUGAAAUACGUUGUGUAAACUUUUCCCAAUACAGAGGACUACUCAGUUUUCGUACAA